UCUUGUAAUUCCUUUCAUGUUUAAUGUUUUAUUUCUUUCAGCUCUUAGACAAAAGGAAAUUUGAUUAACAGUAAUCUCUUUUUGCUGAAGUCGUCAUAAAACACAUUCAUGUUCAUGUCAGACGAUCUGCCUUCCCUCAGCUCGGCUCGCACAUCUGGACUCCAUGUUUGUUGUGUUGUGAGUAGAGAUGGUCAAUACGGUUCCCUCUCGAGCACUCAGGGUCUCAGUAAUGCACUUCUGUGUUGGAUGUUGUUGGGGCGGAGGGCACUUCGGAUUUCUUCCGACCACUCUGACGUUAUCUUAAGUGAGCAUCUGCAGAUGCAGAGCAGCAGGAUUGUCAAAUACGCCCAGAUCCCUGCAGGACGUCACUUGGUUCUUGAUUUUAGCUUCUGGAAAUCUGCUUUUUUUUAAAGAAGGAAGAGGGGAAAUCUCCCUGGUGAGUUAAAUGACUUAUUUCUUUACUAUUUUAAGUUGAUAAAAUAAUGAAGGUCAUAGCAGAGAUCUAAACUAUUAAGAUCUGGAGAAUUUACAUCUUGUUUCAGUUUACAUCACGCGUGACACACAUCUUCUCUUUUAUUCUUAUUAUUUAGGUUUGCAUCGUUGUGCAGCAUUUCCUGUGCUUUGACACAGAGAACAUAAUCUUUACCGACUGUGGUUGGUGGAGUUUCACAUUACUGCACUGCAGGAAUCAAUAAACACAGCAACACAACAGGAAGUACAUAAAUAUGAUGUGGAGCACGCUUCUGCACACAGACGAACCAGAGAAAGCUUCACACAAACCCAGUAAACAAUUCCUCUCUGGGAUUAUUAACAUGUUUUUGAAUUGAAAAUGUUUUCAAAAUCAGGUGCAACUGAAUCAUUCACAAAGUUAAAAUAAGACAGCUUACUUCUGUUUUCCCUCGUUUUUUCUGAUUUAUGGAAAUUUUAAGACAGUCUUAGUCACUUAUUUCCCAUUUUUUCUUAGUAAAAAGAGAAGAAGAAACCACCAAAGUGGUUCCAUUCUUACGUGUCACUCCACUGGUGAAUUGCUGCUGAUGUCUGGAUGGAUAUUUUAGAUUUUGUCACAUGGAUUAAUGUCUCAACAGCUCUCUGUGAAGGGUUUGAUUUGUGUGUGUGUGUGUGUGUGUGUGUGUGUGUGUGUGUGAGUGUGUUUAUGCACUGCCACCAUGGAAAUCUCCUCCUAAAUAAGCUGCUUUGUUAGUGAUCAGGAGAAGAACACAUCACAUGUCGGCCUUUAGAGCGCAGAGACGUGAUGCUCUGUGGUGAACUUGUUUCAGACAUUGCAUCUCAACUCUAAAACCGUCUCCUUUGUUGUUUACAGAAGCCUCUUCUGGUUGGUUAUCCUUAUUAUUGAUAUUAUUAAAGACGGAUACAGCUGUAGAGUUUUCAACAAUAAUGUGAUCAGAUCUUCUCCUGACCACCUUAAAAAUUCCAGUCUGUUGUAUGAAUAAUUUAUUAAGGAUUAAUUUAUUUGCUCCCUAGAGCAUUUUUGAUUCGGUCCGUCUUCAUUUAGCUCCAUUGUUUUUCACAUCAGGACAUGAUCAAACCAACCAGUCCUUCAACCAACCAGCUUAAUCUUACCUCAAAGGUGAAAAUAAAACACAACAGAUUCCAGCACAUCUAAAAGGAAGUCUUUUCCAUGAUGCAGCAGGUUUUAUAUCAGAGUCUCACCUGGAUGAAUUCUGCCAUCUUUGAUCUGAACUGCUACAGGAUCUCUGAACGCUGCUUAAUCUGACCUCUGAGUAAAUUUUCCUCAGCAUCCCACUUAAAUUCGGCAGAAGCUGUUUUUUAAUUUUGGUUUUGCUUAAGAAAAAAUGACCUGAUUGAAUCUGAUUUGAAUCAUGUUAGAACCAUUAUUAUGUUACUGUAAUUACGUCCAUGCACGAUGAACUCUUGCUUUAGUCUAGAUCACCGGCGGUAAAGAUGAAGAAGUCGGAGAUGUUCGGCUUCACCCUGGAGACGGACGACAGGACAGAGGAGGAGAAAGCGAGGCAAAGGGGUGCAAAGAAGGAUGGUUUGGCUGCAGACGCCCCCAAAGCCCCCAUGGACACGGAUUUCCAGGAGGAAAUGGAAAAGCACAAACCUCAGAUCAGAUUCAAUCUUAACUUUAGCAGGCAGAUUCGAGGUGAAACACCACAAAAACAAAGGGACAGCUCCAUUUACACCAUCGAGAGGCUGUUUGAAGCAGUGGCCAGUAGAGACGUCAGACAGCUGGACGGCCUGUACCAGUACUUACACCAGAACAUGAAGAGGCUCUCCGACUCUUUGUACCAGUCCCACGGUAAAACAGCCCUGAUGAAAGCACUGCUGCACCUCAAAGACGGCAAAAACGAGACCAUAGACGAGCUAAUCGACAUCUCAGAGAGGCUAGGUGACAUUAAGGAGUUUGUGAAUGCAGCCUUCACCAACAGCUACUAUAAAGGACAGACAGCUUUGCACAUAGCCAUCGAGAGGAGGAGUAUCUUCUACGUGAAGCUUCUGGUCAGUAAAGGAGCAGAUGUCCACGUGAAAGCCUCUGGAAAGUUUUUUCAGUCACAUGAUGGGCCAUACUUCUACUUUGGUGAGCUGCCCCUGUCUCUGGCAGCCUGCACCAACCAGCCGGACAUGGUGGACUACCUGAUGAACAACAAGUAUCAGCAAGCGGACGCCAAGCUGACGGACUCUCAGGGCAACACGGUGCUGCACACGCUGGUGGUGGUGGCAGACAACUCCAAGGAGAACACGGAGUUCAUAACGGACAUUUACGACCUCAUCCUGAAGAACAACGCCCAGCUCCAUCCCAAAGUGAAACUGGAGGACAUCGAGAACAACAAGGGUCUCACGCCUCUAAAACUGGCUGCAAAAACGGGCAAGCUUGGGCUUUUCUCACACAUCCUGAAAAGGGAAUUCCAGGAGCAUCACACCAAACACCUGUCCCGUAAAUUCACAGAGUGGGUGUAUGGACCCGUCCACUCCUCCCUGUAUGACCUGGCUUCAAUCGACUCGUUUGAGAAAAACUCAGUUUUGGAGAUUCUGACCUAUGGCACAGACAUUCCUAACCGUCAUGAGAUGCUGGAGACGGAGCCGCUGAGCAGACUUCUGGAUGAGAAGUGGAAAAGGUUUGGAAGUAAAAUGUUUCUGUUUAACUUCCUGGGCUACGUCGUGUACCUGGUCGUCUUCACUGCUGUAGCCUACAAUAAGAAGAACGGAGCGCCUCCAUUUCCCAUAGAGGAUGAUUGGAUGGAUUACCUGUAUGUCUCAGGCCAGGGGCUGAUUACACUAGCAAACAUCUAUUUCUUUUUCAUUGCUAUUGUGGAGAUGAAGAGAAAACGGCCGAAGAUGGAAACUCUGCUGGUUGAUGGAUAUUAUGAAAUCCUCUUUUUUUCUCAGGGCCUCAUGUUCAUGGUCUCUGCUGGGCUGUAUCUCUGGGGACAACCAGCGUACCUCGGCUUCCUGGUGCUGGUUCUCGCUCUCAGCUGGGUGAACGUGCUCUACUACUCCAGGGGUUAUAAAAACAUGGGCAUCUACAGUGUUAUGAUUCAGAAGAUGAUUCUCAGCGACAUCCUACGCUUUCUUUUUGUCUAUGUCGUCUUCCUCUUCGGAUUCUCUGCAGCUGUGGUCUCACUGCUCAUAGAGCCUCCUGCAAAAAACAAAACCAUCACAAAGGGGCGUCUUUAUGCAGUCCUUUCAGCCGAUGAGGAGUGUGUCAAACCCUCCUUCAGAAGCAUCGACUACACCAUCCUUCAGCUCUUCAAAUUCACCAUAGGGAUGGGCGAUAUGGAGUUCACCCAGGAAUACCAGUAUGGGGCUGUCUUCUACCUGCUGCUCAUCUUCUACAUCAUCCUCACCUACAUUCUUUUGCUCAACAUGCUCAUUGCCUUAAUGAACCGCACCGUGGAAAAGCUCACCAUGGAGACCACCAGCAUCUGGAAGCUGCAGAGGGCUGGCACCAUCCUGGACAUGGAGAAACGACUGCCCUGCUGUCUGAAGAUGAGGCUCCGCAGUGGGGUGGAGAUAAAUCUCGGCACUGCUCUUGGAGAUGACCGCCGCCGCUGUUUCAGAGUCGAGGAAGUCAACUGGAACAAAUGGAACACCAACUUGACCAAAAUCAAUGAGGAUCCAGGUUGUUGUUAUGGGAUGCAGCAGCCUGAUUCGGGCAGUCCCUCCAACAGACCCAGCAGAGGUCUGGACAUGCAUUUGUGUUUAGACAGGAAUAGAGGGGCUUGUUUUGUAACGUUUCUUGUUUCAUCCACAGGGAGGAGCUGGAGAGUCUUUAUCAGAGACCACAGUAGGAGGGAGGCCCCUGAGUCCACAGAGAUGAGUCCUCUGCACCUCUAAAGAGGAUCACUGACUACUCAGCUAGGACCGCACCAACAAGGAGACAAUCAGACCUCACACAGACAAACGGGUCCACCGUUUUCCUGCCUAAACUCUUGUGUCUGCUGCGUUAUGCAUUUCCUCUAAAGGGAAUAUAUCAGUGCUAUGAGCACUGAUGAGAAAUGUUAAUAUGGUCUCUGUGUUUGAUUUAUGCAGUGGUGUUAAAAACACUUCAUGAUUUCCAGUGAAUGCAUUUUAAAUGACACUGGUUAUUAAAACACUUUGUUUUCUGCA